AUGGCCGCACCAGGUAAGACUUGUGUAGGUUGCUGGACAGAGAGACUCUGUACGGGAGUACUCGGAUUCUUGGUUGAUCCUAGGAAGCUGGUGACUUCGGCGGCUCUGGUUGACAUACGGGUUUCUACCAACUCUAUAAAGAUAUCUCAAAGGGAGAAUUGCUUUCUCAAUACGGUUGGCAACUACUGA